AAUGCACUCGUGAGAUUUUCUUCUUCCAUUUUUCAAGAGCACAAAAAGGAGAGCAAAAAUUCGUUCUGCGAACUAGAGACCACCAAAAAACCCUAAUUGAAUUCAAUCUUUUGGUGUCUCUUUUCGCAGAUCCAGUUCACAAGCAUGGUUUCGAGUGCCAAGCUAAAAUCUGUCGAUUUUUACAGGAAAAUCCCAAGAGAUUUAACAGAAGCGUCACUUUCAGGUGCCGGCUUGUCUAUCAUAGCAGCUGUUUCCAUGAUGUUUUUAUUUGGAAUGGAGUUACAUAAUUAUUUGAGCAUCAGUACCUCGACAUCUGUCAUUGUUGACAGAAGUUCAGAUAAAGAUUACUUACGGAUAGAUUUUAAUAUUAGUUUUCCAGCUUUAUCAUGUGAGUUUGCAUCUGUGGAUGUGAGUGAUGUACUGGGAACUAACAGGUUGAACAUAACAAAAACAGUUCGCAAAUAUUCAAUUGAUAAACAUCUAAGAGCUACUGGCUCUGAGUUUGAGUCUGGACCUGUUACUAAUAUGCUCAAACAUGAUGAUGAUAAUGAUGAAGAAUAUGGUGAAGGAUCUGUUGCAUUAAAUGGACGCAAUUUCGAUAGAAUUUCUCAUCAGCAUUCAAUUUUGGUUGUAAAUUUCUAUGCUCCUUGGUGCUAUUGGAGUAACCGUUUGAAACCCUCAUGGGAGAAAGCAGCCAAAAUAAUAAGAGAAAGACAUGAUCCAGAAAUAGAUGGCCGUAUCAUUAUGGGGAGGGUUGACUGCACUGAAGAAGUUGACCUGUGUAGAAGGAACCACAUACAAGGUUAUCCAUCUAUUCGGAUAUUCCGAAAGGGCAGUGAUGUUAGGGAUGAAAAUGGGCACCAUGAGCAUGAAUCAUAUUAUGGCGACCGAGAUACAGAUACCUUGGUGAAUACAAUGGAAGAAUUGGUUGCACCUAUUGCAAUGGAUUCACAUCUGGCCUUGGAGGGUAAAUCUGGAAAAACUGAAGAAAAUGCAAAGAGGCCUGCACCAUCAGAAGCAGGAUGUAGAAUCGAAGGGUUUGUACGAGUCAAGAAGGUUCCGGGCAAUCUUGUAAUUUCAGCCCGUUCAGGGUUCCACUCGUUUGAUGGUUCGAUAAUGAACAUGUCGCAUGUGAUUUCUGAUUUUUCAUUUGGUAGGAAGAUCAAUGCAAGGGUGAUGAGUGAUCUUAAGCGAAUACUGCCUUACAUUGGUGUAAGCCAUGCCAAGUUGAAUGGCCAGGCAUAUCUCACUGACCCUGAAGAUCAUGCAAAUGUUACGGUAGAGCAUUAUAUUCAAGUUGUGAAGACCGAGGUAAUGAGGUCAUCUCAUCAACUGAUUGAGGAUUAUGAGUACACAGCACAUAGUAGCUUAAUGCAUGCUCAUUCAGUCCCUGUUGUCAAGUUCCAUUUUGAGCUAUCUCCAAUGCAGGUCUUGAUAACAGAAAAUUCCAAAUCCUUUUCUCAUUUCAUCACCAAUGUUUGUGCCAUUAUUGGUGGUGUUUUCACGGUUGCUGGGAUACUGGAUUCGAUUCUACACAACACUUUGAGACUGGUGAAAAAAGUUGAACUUGGAAAAAACUUUUAGUCUAUGUAAACAACUUUUAGCAUCUACCCAUCACAGUUCACAGACCAUUUUUACUUUAUAAAUCCCAACCAUAUAUAUAAUAAUAUAUAUAUUUGUGUUAGAAAAUUUUGGAAUUACUUCCAUCUAUUUAAAAAAAAAAAUUGUGCUUCAA